CAGUUUUUGGGCAAGACAACAUGAACAGCCAAAUCCUCCGAGUAUGCGACGCGCUGGCAACACAGUUCCAGGAAGCCCAGGAGAAGAAUACUGUGCGCUGCAUUGAAGUCAAGGUAACCGGAGAGCAGCUUGUUGUGAACAAGGUGUUUCAAAUCCAAGAAGGGGUCAAGGCCGAUUCUCAGUGGGUCUCGAUUCAGUCGGAAUGCUCAACCCCUUCACUACUCCUCUUCCAUAUUACAGCCACCAACGGCCCACUCAAGUGGAUCGUGGUUGCAUCUGUGUGCGACACACUUCACGUCCGCGACAAGAUGUUGUACGCAUCAGCGCGGGACUGCCUCAAGCAACAGUUGGGACUUGCGUAUUUCGUCGGCGAUGUGCACACGACUGACCUGACAACGCUCUCCUAUCGCGAUUUGGAGUCGACGAUGCACAACACAACUGGGCCAUUAAGCGAUCGUGAGAUUCUUUUGAAGGAAGAAGCGCUUCUCGAAAGAGAUUUGUCCGUGAAAACGAGCGCUAUGAACAUACUACCGUUUGGAAUGGCUGCAGAAUGCAAUGCCGAGUUGGUCGCUUUUACCAAGGAAACAACUGCAUCUCGAUGGCUCAGCUUGCGCCUCGUUAACGAAGAGGUGGUCUUGGACAAAUCCAUUGCAAUUACUCGCGAGGAUCAGGUGAACGAAGUGGCUGACACCGAGGCUCCGACUUUUGCAUUGUACCGCCUCAAUCACGGCGCCCCCACCACCUUCUUCCUCUACAUUUGCCCGGAAGAAGCUAACGUCCGUCUCAAGAUGACCUACGCAACGGCAAAGGCAUCGUUGUUGCAUGAAUUGCAGCGGCGUGGAAUCACUGUGGACUCAACGGUAACUUGUUUUGAAUCCCUCGCAUCGCUUGGGUGACAGUAGCCUAGAUUGAAGUCACGGACGCUCUCAACAUCCUCGACGCAAUUCAAUCCAAUUUGGCAGGCAAGCACGACUUCGAUGACGGCCAGCCCAAACUGUUCUCGCGUCCUACUGCGCCGGGGCGUGGCCGCGGCCGAGGGCGACGAAACUGACUGGCACUUUACAAGUGUAGAUCAAGAGUGUUCAAGAUUUAGUUCUUCAAUGAGAACACGUAUUGCGGUAGUUUAUCUUUUGCCUUUCUUCUUCC